AAACUUUCUCACAUGACAGUCAACAUUUACAGGGAAGAGGAGCACAUGUGAGGCUACGGCCGAGGCAUUUCUUUACAUCUGAGUCUAUUACCCCUAUCAGCAGCACCCACACCUCAGCUAGCCAUGCCUAAACCUUUCAAGAAGCCCCGGGCAGUGUUCCCCGUGGAGGAGCACCCGCCUGAGGACAGUGACGAGGAGAUGGAGCAGGACGAGAUGAUCGGACAGAGUGUGAAUGUGGAUUUUGAGGGUUUCCCCGCCACUGACGCAGACUUCCACGGCAUGAAGCGCCUCCUGCAACAGUGCUUCCGAGGGCUAGAGGUGGAUGUCUCAGGGCUCACCGACACCAUCAUCUCUCAGAACUAUGUGGGUUCGGUCAUCAAGCAAGUUGAUGCAGAGGAUGAUGAUGAUGAUGAUGAUGAAGAGAUGAAUGAUGAUGGUGAUGAUGAGCAGCAGGUGUUUGGGGUCACAACAGUCAUCAACCUCACAGCAAGAAAGGAUGAGGAGUGUGUGGCAGGGCUGCGGAGUGCGUUGGUGGAGCGGUGUUCCAGCAGUGGGCCAGAUGCUACCACAGCAUUACUGAGGGAUGUUCUGGGCAAUGAGAGCAAGCAUGUGGGUCUGCUGGUGUCCGAGAGGCUUGUCAACUUGCCCCCUCAGUUUGCUAUCCCUGUUUUUGAUUGUUUAAGGAAGGAGAUUAACGAGGCCAAGAAGAAGAAGAUGCCAUAUGACUUUGCCUACCUGCUAUUGAUAUGCAAGGUGUACAAGUUAGAGAAGAAGAAGAAGAAGAAAACAGUAGAAACAGAACUCUGGGGAAACCCGGAGGAGGAAGUGAUAGCCGAGGAGUGCAAGGCAAGUUUCGAGUACAAUGUCAAGGGUGAGGCUUCCAUUUCUGGGGAGUGGGAUGAGGAAGAUCCAGAAUACACUCCCUUCCGACGGGUCCUCAUCCUCGAGGCCGCACGACUCCCAGAAAUCAUCGCCAAGGUCAAGCAGGCAGUGCAGUGAGGUCAGAUGUGGCUGUGACCUAUUCUGACCUGACCUGUUGUGACCUCCCUCCACCUGGUACUUGUGAAAGAGCCUGUGUGAAAGAGAUUUUAUAUAAAGACAGUUUUUUUCUUUUUUCCUAUGUUGUUCUUUACCUGCUGUGAUCAUGUAGGCAACUUGUAUUUAUUGUUAUUGUUUUUUGAAGUGUUAGCAGUAGUAGUUGUUGUGGUUGUGGUGGUGGUAGUAAUAGUAGUACUAGUAUUACAGUACAUAUUUCUCUUCUAAAUAUUAAAGUAAGUAUUCAUUAUACUUGGACAUUUAUGGAAAAGAAGAAAAUCCUACUGCUACUACUACUACUACUACUACUACUACUUUAAGAAAAUACAAUGUACUAUUACUACAAUAACAACUAUUACUAUAUA